GCAAGCACCCAAACAUAUGUUCUAAAAAGAGGUGGAAACAAACACAAGAAAAGCAAAAGAGCUAGAAUCUGGUGUUUGCAGUGAGAUCCAACAAGAGAUGGAUUUUGAUUCAUCUUUGUUCCAGUACCAAAGCCUUGUAAAUUCUUCUUUGUGUGCAGAACCAUUCCACUGGGAGGAGUUUUUUGUGUUCAAUGAAGAAAACAGCAGCAAUAUUCCCCUCACCUUGAAUGAGCAGUCACAAAUGAAGGAAUCAUCCUCAUCAGAUUAUUCAAACUGUUCAGGUUGUUUGAUGAGCAGUGAUCAGUCACAGGUGGAAGUGUCCUCCAAUGUAAGUGAUGCAGGUGAAGGGAAAGUGGUGAAAGAAGUAGAAGUCCCAAAGGAGAAAAGACCCUUCAGGGGAGUGAGGAGAAGGCCAUGGGGGAAGUUUGCUGCAGAGAUAAGAGACUCCACAAGAAAUGGUGUUAGAGUGUGGAUAGGCACAUUUGACACAGCAGAGGCUGCAGCACUGGCGUAUGACCAAGCAGCUUUCUCCACCAGAGGUUCCAUGGCAGUGCUGAACUUCCCAGAAGAAGUUGUGAGAGAAUCACUCAAAGACAUGCCCAACAACCCAUGGGAAGAUGGUUCCUCACCAGUGUUGGCACUCAAGAAGAAACACACCAUGAGAAGAAAUUCCAAACCCACAAACAAAAAACCCAAAAGGGACCACCACCAUGGAAAUGUGCUUUCCCAGAAUGUCUUGGUGCUCGAGGAUUUGGGCUCUGACUACUUGGAACAGCUUCUCAGCUUGACUUCUUCUUCUUCUGCUGAUCAUGUGUUUUGCUAGUUAAGUCUUAGUUUCAAUUUUCUUAAUUAACGUUAAUUCUUUCAUGACUUUGUUGCUACUAGAUUUGUUGUCGUUGGCAUUCGGAUUCGGUCGCCACUUCUCAUCUUCUCUCUCUUCGUGAUUUGCUUUUUCCGAUGAUCCUCUCAUAAAGUAAUGAGAGCGAAUAAAAUAGAGUCCAAUUGUAUAAACAAAUGACAUCAAGGAAAAAAUUAUUCAAACAAUUUUCAUCUUCAAA